AAGCCACUCACACUGGAGACGAACCACACGCGUGAAGUCAGUUGUUUGGUCUACACCUUAAACCUGAUUUUCAAACUGGCGACUGGACAAGACGGCUGACUGGUGGAAGGAUGGACAAACAUUUUAAACCAAAAAUUGAGCUGAAUGAUCCUUGAAUGUCACUUAUUCAUAUAAAGGCAGUUUGAUUUUGGAGACGACCAGGAAACAGGCCCCGAGGAGGAUCAUCCAGCACAUGUUCUCCACUAAGAAAGAUAAUCAGUGCAGCAGAGUGUGGAAGGAACUCUCACGUCAACCCUCAAAAGAGAAAACUGAAGGGAAACUAGAGUCAGAUCAUCUUUUGGGUUCCAGGCAGCAGAUUAGUCUGAGCUGAGCGAGAAAGCAGAUAACUGAGCUGACAAACAUGGCACACAACAAAUACCUCAUCGUGUGGCUAUUUUUCCUUUGCAAUUCGGCUGUGGCGUUUGCAGACAACACUUCAUCAUGCUACAGGAUUGAGCCGUGGACAAUAGUGGGCAUCAUCUUCGCCGACGUGUUUUUGACCCUCAUCAUCGUCGCUAUCACGUAUCGCUGUGCCAGCAUUCGGCGUGAAAAGGUUGAAAAUGCUGACAAAGUCUACAUGAAUGUACGAGCCAACUGCAAGAAGUGAUCUAACAAUUUGAAGUAUAUUAUGAAAUUAUAUAGAAUUUUUCAUAUACUGCUUUUUAAAAAUAUAUUACACAAUGCUGUAAAAGAUUCAAUUGAACAGAUUUUACAUUAAACAAUAAACACAUGUAGAUUGUC